CAUGGGAGGACCCAGACUGAUCAACAGGGGACAAAAUUCAAAGCAGAGGAAGAAAUCCAGCAUGGAUUAGAGACAUAUAAAAGCUGAACUGAGGAUGAUAAGAUCCUUGAAGAGACAUAAAAGUUCUCUCACACACACACUGGUCUGUUCUGUAAUUCUCUUCGUACCUCAGUGCUGAGACAGUCAUGUCUCUUCCACUGGACCUGAGUUCCUUCCACAGGGAUGCUUCACUAGGCACACUGGAGAAGCAGCUCAUCUGCCCCAUCUGCCUGGAGGUAUUUACCAAACCUGUGGUCAUACUGCCAUGCCAGCACAACCUCUGCCGCAAAUGUGCUAAUGAACUUUACCAGCCUUCUCUGUUCCAGGUUGGGAUUGGAGGUCGAUUUCGGUGUCCAUCUUGUCGACAUGAAGUCGUUUUGGACCGUCAUGGCGUUUAUGGGCUCCCGAGAAAUCUUCUCGUCGAAAAUAUCAUUGAUGUGUACAAGCAAGCAUCUGCAAGUUGUAGGCCUCCACCGAAACUGCUGGCACAAAUAAACUGUGAAGAGCAUGAAGGGGAAAAGCUGAACAUUUACUGCAUCACCUGUCAGAUCCCCACGUGUUCACUCUGUAAAGUGUUUGGAGCACAUAAAUCCUGUCAGGUGGCCCCCGUCUCUGAUGUAUAUCAGCAGCAAAAGAUUGAACUCAGUGAAGGGAUCGGCUCCCUGGUCGCCACUAAUGAGCACAUCCAAGCUUGCAUAAAUGAUCUGGAGGAGAUCUGUAGGAGUGUUGAGGAAAAUAGCAGAAACCAAAAGCAGAAACUGUGUGAGAAGUUUGACCGUAUGUGUGGUAUCCUGGAAGAAAGACGUAAGAUUAUGUUACAGCGAAUCACAUAUGAGCAGGAUGAAAAGACAAGCUGGGCCCAAAGCUUGGUACAUACCUACAGUGAGCAUGUUGAUACAAACUCAAAGUUGGUCCAGACUGCCUUGAACACAAUGGAAGAACCGGAGAUGGCUGCAUUUCUUCAGACCUCAAAAAACCUUAUUGAACAGGUCAGUGAGGCAACUAAGUCUGCUCCAGUGGAGACCUUACAGCCUGGAUAUGAAAACAUGGAUCACUAUAGGGUUGAUUUUAAUGCUGAGGAGAGGGCUCUCUACCAGCUCGAUUUCAUCAAACCUGAAGAGGAAGUUGAAGAGCCUCCAGAAGAACCAGCACCAGAACCUGAGCCAGAAGUGCUACCAGAACCUGAGCCUGAACUUGAACCAAUGCACAGUCCAAUAGAGAACACUGAGCCAGACAAUGAACGGAAGUUGGAAAACUCUGAGAUAAAGAAUGUUUUGUCUGAGAUAAAGGAGGAAAACCAAGUACAACUAGAGGGAUAUUCAGCAAGACAAAAAGAUGCCAUAUGUGAGAAAAGUGGACUGAAUACCCAACAGGACCAGACAAAGUUAGAGUGUGAGGGGCAUGAUUCAGGAGUCCACUGUUUAACUUCAGAAGCAGGUGAAGAGAAUAAGCUCGACCCCACUUGGUAUAGACCCAACAACAGGACAAUGCAAAGCCAAAACCAAGCAACACCUCUUGAUGCCUUGGGAGUUCUUGACCAUACACCCAAAGUCAUAAGUGAAUCCUCAGAUCAGUUCCAACAGAUAGAGACACCUAUGUCCAUGUGGAUGAGUGGCAGCCUUGUGCCUCUGUCUAAUGAGACCCAGGCCCAACUUGGAAGAGGCUCGCUUGAGAGCACCCAACCAUAUAUGCUGGAGGUUGGGAAGAAUAUUUGUUGCGAGUUGGUCAGUGGGCCUGCCAACAAGGAUAGCAUGACUUCUAUAUCUCCACAGGCCAUCAUCCAUAUAUUUUACGUCCUGGCAUUUCUGGUCAUCCUCCAGAGAGUAUGGGGAAAGAUUCAGUGUCUUUUUUGCAUAUAGCACUGCUGGGGAAUUACAGAGUUCAGACUGCAGCUGCAGAUCACUCAGGGGUGGGAGCCAGCUCUCCUGCUGUUCCCAGCGAGACGGCUCGUAUCAGCUUCUCCUUCUCCUGGCUAAAUCCACUUGCCAAGAAGAAGUGAAUGCUCCUCUGAGAGCGAAGCCAUCAGGUCCACAAGACAUUUUCUCCAGGUGGCCAUAACGUACAGGCUUUAUCUAAGGGCAAACUGAAUGAUGUCCAGGUCCACCUACCACUCCUGCUGUAAUUUGUAAAAGAUGUGACCAUCAUAUAAAUACAUAACAGACAGGUUCCACAUAUUUGCUUCACAUAGCCUUCAUUAUUGCAAAUUAUACUGAUAUAAAUUCUAAAAUAUCUGCGCGAGAUAAAAGUUUGCUCAAAAGAACUUGAAACUGAUGGUUAUGAGAUAGGCUUAGCAUUUAGAUAUAUUUCUAUACAGCUGUCCGGUUGUGACUUGAAAAGUUUGAAGUCGUAUUGUAGUGCAGUGUUAAAGUGGUACUGAUGGCAUGGAUGUGAAAGUGUUAUAUUGGUUAAAAUGUGGCAAUGCAUACUUGUUUGUUGGACUAUUU